UUUUCGUCCAGAGGAGCUCCGUUGUUUUCUUUUGCUGGAAUUUUGGUGCAUGUCUCAGAGCUCAGCUGCAGUGCCGGGCGGCGGACCACUUGUCAGCGCCCCCUGUCGUUCUGGCGCGAAACCUUCGGGCAGCUCGCCCGCGGCACCAUUGUCGGGCCGAAGCAGCGACCAAGCAACGCAACGCAAGGUCAGUCGUGGUCGUGCACGAGGGAGCCAAGAAGACGAGAGUAGAGCAGAGGCUUCCGACAGACAAGGGAGAGAGGGGAGGGGGGAGCAUAGCUAGCCAUGCAGGCGAGGCGGGAGAUCCGGACGAAGCCGGAGCGGCGGGAGGAGGAGGAGGAGGAUGCGGCGGUGGCGGUGCCGGAGACGCCGCUGAGCGCGCGGUGGAGCCCGGAGGCGGAGAUCGGGAUGCGGGUGGAGGACAUCUGGGACAGCCUUGACCAGCCGCAGCUGAGCCGUGGCGACAAGCUCAACAGCUGCUUCGACGCCAUCCCGGUGUCGUCCUUCCCGCAGACCUUCGGGUCGCAGCUGGUGGACAUCCCCUCCGACGCCACGCUGGCCGAGGCCGUCGACAUCCUCUCCCGGAACCGCAUCAACGGGGCGCCCGUGCGCAACGUGGAGGCGCCCGAGGACGCCAGCUGGAUCGACCGCUACAUCGGCAUCGUGGAGUUCGCCGGGAUCGCCGUCUGGCUGCUGCACCAGUCGGAGGCCUCGGCCUCGGCCGCGGCGCUCGGCGCCGACGAGCUGGCCGCCAAGCUCGGCACGGUGACCCUCGACGCGGGAAGCGGCGGCGCGAGGGAGCUGAAGCCGGCCGCGGCGUCGGAGGCGGAGGGCGCGGUGGCGGAGGCGUUCGGGUCGCUGCCGUCGUCGGAGCUGUUCAUGAAGACCAAGGUGAAGGACAUCUCCGGGUCGUUCCGGUGGGCGCCGUUCCUGGCGCUGCAGAGCUCGGACACGUUCCUCACCAUGCUGCUGCUGCUGUCCAAGUACCGGAUGAAGAGCCUCCCCGUGGUGGACAUCGGCGAGGGCACCAUCAGCAACAUCGUGACGCAGGCGGCGGUGGUGCACAUGCUGUCCGAGUGCGUGGGGCUGAGCUGGUUCGAGGACUGGGGCACCAAGACGCUGGCCGAGCUGGGCCUCCCCAUCAUGAAGACGAGCCGGCUGGUGAAGGUCCGCGAGGACGAGCCGGCGCUCAAGGCCUUCCGGCAGAUGAGGAGACGCGGCGUGGGCGGCAUCCCCGUGGUGGACGGCGCCGGCAAGCCCGUCGGCAGCAUCAUGAUCAAGGACGUCAAGCACCUCCUCACGGCCUCGGACUCGGAGUCCAACAAAGACUACAGGACGCUGACGGCGAGGGAGUUCAUCGCGAGCGCGCGGCAGAGCUCGGGGGAGAAGCAGAUGAGCAUCAUCACGUGCACGAGGGAGGACAACAUGAAGGAGAUCAUCCUGAAGCUGGACGCGGAGAAGAGGCAGAGGAUCUACGUGGUGAACGAGGACGGCAACCUGGACGGCCUCAUCACGCUCAGGGACAUCAUCGCCAAGCUCGUCUACGAGCCGCCGGGAUACUUCGGGGACUUCUUCAACGGCGUCAUCCCCAUGCCGCAGAACAGCAGGGUCUGAAUUAUCCUUCUGUUUGUUUCCUACAGUACUAGGCGAGAUCAGGGUUCUUUUGUGUGCAGUAACUAGUAAUUCUCGGCGUUUUCUUUUUCCUCCUCUUCCAUUUUAACUCUCCCUAGUGCUUCGUUAAAAACUCGAGCUUAGCUUCAUUUGUUUUCGUUGUCAGUUCUGCAUAGCUAGCUAGCUCAUCAUAAUGAGGAACAAUGUGGUUAUCUUCAUCUUGUAAGCUGAUAGAGUCAGUUCAACAACUGGAAUUUGGGACUUGAAA